AUGGAACUGCGUACCGUGACUCGCCACAAUGCGGAAAUUCAAGAUCGACUCCAGGCACUGGAAUACGAAGUCCAUGCUCUCAAGUUAGGUAGCGGAUCUUUAGCCCGCAGGUUUGGCUUGAAUGACAACCUCGAAUAUGAUGCGAGGUCUUUCUUAUCGGUCUCGGAAUCGCUGGAGGAAGGAGAGAUUCUUGAAUACCCUUUCAUCGAUUAUUGGCCUGCGGCUCGCAAACAAGGUGAGAUUCAACGACGAACCAAAGCUCUGGAGAAUGGGAUUCGUGUCAUGAAGUGGAACUUUGGGCUCCAGGAUACGGUAAACGACUCAUGGUCUUCAGUCUUGCUCAACAAAGUCAAUCCUGCCCCGCCUGAAGAUACUUAUAGCUUGGCCCUUGAGUUCGAAUCAUUGCUAGAUGACCUUGAAAAACGUGGGAUGAUCGAAAGGAACAAGCAGCUUUAUUAUACAAGCACUGCUGCGCUCCCGAAGCAGCAAAAGGAGAACGAAAUCAUGAUGGCUUACCGUUUCAGACGGCACGAGAAUCCCGAGAUAGCUGGGACUAUUCUUGAACUCAACCCCAAGUUGCGCGCUGGUAGAAUCAAGGCAAACCCGCAUCCCAACCUCUCAAUCAAACACUCCAUUCUCACAGAUUUUAUUCUUGACGCUAACCGCGGUAUCAGGAAUGUUGUCUGCAGUCUCUACCUCCGCCGCGAAUGCAAGCCGCAGUACAUCUACAGCUUCAACGAGCUUGAAGCUGGAAUGUUCUACGACUGGCGAUGGCUGCAAUUUCUCCAACCUGGAGACGUUCUUGCUGGGGAUAUAGAGGUUCUUUGCAUACGUAACCAAAUGAUCUGCGAUAUGAUUGACAACAAAGAAGAGACCACUUUUGAGGAUCGCGCUGCAUUGUCGCCCUCUGUGGUGUUUGAGCGUCUGAAGCCUGACUUUGGCGAGAUUGAGAGAUCUGGCUUCCGCGUCUUGGCGUGGCGGUUAUGCAAGGUUGAUGGCGUUGUGCCCUUGUGGCUGGAUCGUCAUGGCUUCUGGAUUUCUCGGGUGCCUGUUUGA